AUGGAAGGCGUGCUAUGGACGCGAGAAGGGCGCAGUCCAUUGCUACGGAGCUGGCACAAGCGCUACUUUGUCCUGUCGCCGAUGACGGGGACGCUGCGGGAGCACACAGUCGACACAAGCAGUAAUCGCAUGACGCGUACGCGUCGCGCGUCGUCUGGCGCGUCGUCCACCUCCUCGUCUGCCCCGUCCCCUACCCGCGACCGCACCAGUCUCAGCACCACGACUGGGGUCACGCUGCGUCGAGAACUGGACGUGCGGGGCGCCAGUGUCAAGACGUUGCCCUUUCCUCUUGUCGGCAAACAGCACGCGUUUCAAGUGACGCUCGUGUCGCAGAUGACGUCAUCCUCGGCCUUGACUUCCUCUUCGGCAACUGCAACUGCAACGGCAACGGCAACUGCAACUUGUGCGGCAAUCAAAGUCGUUCUUAGUGCGCGUCAAGCGGACGACUUGCGUCAGUGGAUCACAGCAUUGCACGCAGCUGCGCGCAACGCGGUCGUUGCUCCUCGCCAGCAACCGCCGAGUCCGAUUGGCUGGAACCAUCGAAUUAGCAACGCGACGCCCGUCACUGAGCCACUAAUGGCAAGCGACGUCGUGGAAGUAGAAAGGCCGCAACGCGCGGACAUGGCGCGCUUGAGCUCGGUCUACGAGUGGAUCCACGAGAGCUGCGUCAAGACGUCACAAAGCGUCUGCGUCGCUGGUGUGCACGUCCCCAGCGGGUCUUUGCUCGUGAGCGCAAACGGCGUCCUAUUGCACACGUUGCCGUCCCGCGACGUGCGCAAGUUGCUGCUGGAAUCUACCGGUUCAUUACCGGUAUCGCUUCGGUUUGUCCGCGCCCCCGCCAAGUCCGGCGUGCUCUAUGCAAAGGUAUCGACGAGUCCAUUGACGCAGCUCAAGGCACUGGCGUCGCGGUACCGAACUUCCAGCUGCAACAGAAAGGACUGGACCGAGCACGUUGUCCACUUGGCGGGCAACGUAUUGACGUGCCAAGUGAACGUGACAGCACCGACUUCGGCAAGAGCAACGGAGAAGCGCCGGACCCGGUCGAUCGCAAGCGCUUCGCACAAGACGGUGAAGCGCGUGUUGCUGCUCAGCAGUCGCAGUGCUGUGCAGUCGGUGCCCGACCGCAACGCCGAGCGGCAGUUUUGUUUCCUCGUGACGGUCGACGCGCACUCGCUGAUCUUCCAAGCAACGUCCGAGUCGGAUCGACGAGCGUGGAUUGACGCAGUGCAACGCGCGAUAGCGAUCGCCGAAGGCGUUGUGCCGGGCGUCGCAUCUGCACGCGAGUCUUUUGACGUCGAUACGCUGCAGCUGCAGAGUGCACUAAACAUGCGACGCGUGGAGCACGUGUUUGCUGAUAUCGACGACCGUGACGGUGCUAGUGCUCCGUGCAGUGGCCAGGACGAAGCAAAAGAUGCAGUACGAGUUGGACGUGGCUUGGAGUCCGCACAAGUUCCAUCGUUGCUGCCGUCGGCAGAAGAUUGGAAAAGUGCGACGCAGUCGGCGGCGUACUUACCGGGAAGUGAACUCAUGGAAAUGCUGCAGGUACUGCAGUCCAGCGGACGGUUUAUUGAAGCUCUGCAGCUGAUACAGAAGAACACGAGUUUGCGCUCCAAGUACUGGCAGCAAAUUUUCCAGUGGGCGCUGGAUCCUGUGCGUGCACUUGACGAGCAGAAGGAGGUGUUCCAGCAGCUGCUUGACACACCGCUUUCUGAAGACGAUGAUUCGCAAGUGCAAAAAGACAUUCCGAGGACUGCAAAGUGGCUGGCUGGCUCAGAAGGUGCACCGAAGCUUGACGAUGGCGAACGUGCUCUUCGGCUGGGCAGCUUGGGGCGUGUAUUGCAUGCUUUCUUGUCAAGCUGCUCGCUGGAUGUGCGAACUGACGAGUGUCCGCUAUCGCCCUCGUCUACUCGAUCGUCGUCAUCGUCUCCGUGUUUUUACAUGCAGGGAAUGAAUGGACUUGCUUUCAUCUUACUGGAAGUGUUGGAGAGCGACGAGGUCGAAGCCUUUCGCUUUCUUCGUGGUGUUGUUGCUCGGAUCCUGCCGCACGUGUUCGGCAUUUGCUGUGAUGGUACUGGGCGCGACCACUUUGACCUAUUUCGGUCGCUUGUUGAAGUCGGUGAUGUUUUGCAAGAAGUGGUUGGACUGCAUCUGCCGUGCUUCCACGCAGCGCUUGAACAAGCGGGAUUGCCCGUGUGCUUGCUGGCGUACAAGUGGUUUCCAACGCUCUUUUCAGACGUGACGUUGACAGCAUCACACUCCCAGCUGCGGUUUGACACACUGAUGUGUUGUUGGGACGUGUGUCUUCUGUUGGGACUUGAAGGCAUGUUUUGCGUAGCGUUGGCGCUGUGUAGCGCCGCUGAAGACGAUGUUCUUGCGCUGGCUGGAUGUGGCGAUGCUGUUAGCAAAAGCGCCGAGCUAGUGAGCGCUGCGGUGGGACGGUCACUAGCGCAUUUGUCGCCCGAAGACCUGGUCACAAAUGUUUGCGAAGUGCUGGAGCUGUGCAGUCACCCUGUAUUGCUCAAGCUUCGCAACGCACACCGCCGUCGACUGAAGCUCGGGUACUCGAAAGUAGGCAAUGGUUUUGCGACGUUAGGCAGUAGAACUUCGCCGGAUCGUAUAGUGAAGAAGAAGCCUUGCGCGAUAUUGCCACCCAUGACGGUGACCGAUUUGGACUCUGGCAAGGUAUUUAAAAUCUCGACGUCUGGACGUAUGUUGCAGUCGAUGACGUCUCCGCAGAUGAAAUGA